CCUCCUGUCUCAGAGCGGCCGGUCGCUGUGGUGUUUGCCCGAGCGCCUCCCCCAGCUGGGACCCCCGCGCCGGUACUGCUGGUUUGCCGGGUCACCGGUUUCUACCCCCGGCCCAUCCGCGUGGCCUGGCUGCAGGACGGGGAGGAGGUGGGGCCGGGCGGGCGGCUGAACUCCAGCGGGAUCCUGCCCAACGCGGACCUGACCUACCAGCUGCGCAGCUCCCUGGCCGUGGGGCCGGGCACCGGGCACAGCUACGCCUGCCGGGUGCAGCACAGCAGCCUGGGGGGCCGGAGCCUGCUGAUCCCCUGGGAGCAGAGCAGGCCCUGGGGCCCCGGCCUGGCCGUGGGCAUCACCCUGGGGGUUGUGGUCGUAGCCGCCGUGGCCGUGGUGCUGUGGUGGAGCAGACGCAGAGUCUACCAGGAUGUUAGACCAGGGGAGUCCAGGGCCUCAGGGGGCGGCCCCGGCCCAGGCGUGGGGAUCGGCCCCUCUCCUGGGGACAUGGCACUCAGGGCUGGGUCUGUGCCCGGCUCCAGAGCUCAGGGCGCCGAGGGCAGGACUGGAUUG